CAAAGUGGACUUGUAUUUCACAUUUAUACAUGAACAAAUGGAUGUUCGUUUCAUUCAGAAAGUGCUUACAUCGGAAGUUUGAAAUUAACCACACAUUGUUGCAUUUAAAUCUAUUACUUAAAUUUUAUUGAGUAGAAUUAAAGGUGAACAAACAAAAUGGACGAACAACAAGAAAACGACUCGAACUCUUGCAGUGAUAAUUCUUCGCCGGGUGGAUAUGAAGUGAUUGUCAUGGAUAGCCACGAACCGAGGGAUAUAUUCUGUCAAAUGGACAUACUACGGCAGUAUAAUGAUGACUACGUCUGGAAAGAACUUCAUCGAUGGGUGAAAUUCGAGGAGGUACUGGAAGAAAAGGGGAAGCGAUGGUCCAAGCCCCACGUUUCCUCCAUGUACAUGCAGUCCUUGACAGAGCUGCACACACUACUGGCCUCCAACACUUGUAUCCUGGACAUGGAGGCUCUAUCGAUGUACGACAUCGUGGAUAAAGUCUUGGAAGAGUGGAAGAACGAAGGGUCUGUCAGUAACCUGCUGUGGAACCAUUUGAGGGCCCUCUUACUGAAGAAACAUAAACACCAACACGUUAGAGGCAAAUAUAUAAAGCGCCAUGCGAGCAAAGCAAAGCUGAACGAAUCCAAACCAAAACUGAGUCCCGUCAAAGAGAUGUCUGAAAGUGUAUCAGCGCCAAACCUACACGCUUAUCACAACGAAGGCUACGAAUCGUCCCAUUCAAAUGAAGAUGCAUCCAGUGAGCUUCUCUCUUUUGGUUCUGAGUUUAAUGACAAAUUCAAACGAAAGAUUCCCGAGGGAGCGGAAGUUCUCAAUAUUAUGGUUGGAGAAGUAGAGGAGCUCAAAAACAGAAGACUCUGUGCAUUCGUAAGGCUGAGUGAAGCAAAAGAUGUCGGCAAAAUAACAGAGGUCUCUUUGCCCACCCGCUUCUUGUUUAUACUCUUAGUACCCCUUGACGAUAUUGAAGUGGGAGUAGAAAUAGGGCGAUGUAUUGGAACUCUCAUGACAGACGAGAUUUUCCGGGAAGCAGCAUACAGAUCCACGAACAAGGUGGAGAUUUUGUCAGCCGUUUUGGAUUUUACCAGUCAUGUGACUGUACUGCCUCCAGGAUGUUGGGACAAAAAUAAUAGAAUCGAACCACCGAAAGUAUUGCCUCCAAAAGACUCUCGGGCAAAUGCAAAGGUGGCGGAAAAGGUGAACAGAAGCACGGAGGAAGAUGAUGACGAUGACCCACACCACGACCCCAGCCUGGAACGGACAGGAAGAUUGUUUGGAGGAUUGAUACAAGACGUAAAACGGAAAUGGAAAUGGUACAGAAGCGACUUCACCGACGCAAUCCAUGUACAGUGUUUUGCAUCAUUCGUGUACCUGUUUUUAGCGACAUUAACACCUAAUGUGACAUUUGGAGGUCUUCUUGGAGUAGCAACAGAACAGCAUAUGGGCACGAUGGAGUGUAUUUUGGCAGCGGCUGUGACGGGGAUUAUCUUUGCUUUAUUCUCCGGUCAGCCAAUGAACAUCCUGGGAAGUACUGGACCAAUGCUUGUCUUGGAAUCAAUUUUAUUUAAUUUUUGCAGAGAACAAAAAUGGGAUUUCCUAUCGCUGAGGAUUUGGGUCGGACUUUGGACAGCAUUGCUCCUAACUAUUAUCGUGGCCUUUGACCUGAGUUCACUCGUUCGAUACAUUACGAGGUUCACAGAAGAGUCUUUUGCCUGCUUGAUUGCCCUUAUUUUCAUCUUUGAAGCAUUUAAGAAACUGAUCGAAAUAGAACAUUUAGCUCCAGUUGAAUUACAUGCAGAAAGCAAACAACUACGAGACUGCUUUUGCAUUUUCCUCAAUAAUACGCAAUUUGAACAAGAUCACGUCGCUUCACGCCAUGUGAGAUCCAUACAAACAACGCCAAGCAGUGAAAGCACAACCUCGUCUGGUGCAGUCAUUACGUCAUGGCCGCUUAACAAUUGCACGGAGAAUGGAGGAUUUCUUGGAGGGAAAGAUUGUCAUCCAGGAGAUUUCGUACCCGACGUCUUCUUCUUCAGUGUCCUUCUCUUCCUUGGAACAUUCACUAUAGCUUAUGGUGUGAAGAUAUUCCGAAACUCUGGAUUCUUUCCUAACUUUGUCAGAAAUACUGUAGGAGAUUUCGGUGUACUUAUUGCCAUCAUUGUCAUGCUUCUUGUGGACAUCUUGCUUGGGAUUCCCACUCCAAAACUUACCGUGCCAUCAGAAUUCAAGCCAACCAGACCUGACCGAGGUUGGAUCAUCAAUCCAAUUAGUGAUAAGAACCCGUGGUGGCUUAUCCUGGCAUCCUCCAUACCAGCAGCUCUCGCGACAAUUCUUAUUUUCUUGGAUCAGCAGAUUACAUCAGUCAUUGUAAACAGAAAAGAAAACAAACUGAAGAAAGGUGGAGGUUACCACUUGGAUUUACUGGUUGUGGCUUUUCUGAUUAUGCUGCUGUCCUUCUUGGGGUUGCCAUGGUUUGUGGCGGCAACAGUUACCGCCAUUGCUCACGUGAUGAGUUUACGGAAGGAAUCUGAGUGUACCGCCCCGGGCGAGAAACCAACUUUCCUGGGAGUCAGGGAACAACGAGUCACCGCCUUACUUGUGGGCCUUUUCAGCGGGCUGGCUGUUCUCAUCACAUCAGUAUUAAAGCACAUUCCAAUGCCUGUUUUGUAUGGCGUUUUCUUUUACAUGGGCGCAUCGGCUCUGAGCGGAAUGCAGAUGGUCCAGCGAAUUUUGAUUAUAUUCAUGCCCCAGAAAUACCAACCGGACUAUAAGUUUCUCCGCCACGUCCCCUUGACCAAGGUCCACCUGUACACGGGGAUUCAGGUCGUUUGUUUAGCCGCCUUGUGGGCCGUGAAGAGCAUCAAGGCUAUCAGCAUCGUGUUUCCAAUUAUGGUCCUGGGUAUAUGUUUUCAAAGAAAGGCCCUUGACUUCAUCUUUACCCAACAUGAAUUAAAAUGGUUAGAUGAACUUCUGCCGGGCUCUAACAUCAAAAAAGAAAAGAAGCCCAAAUUGUCCAUUCAGAAUGUACAGAAGCCGAAGACUAUAAUACGAUCGUUGUCAGUACCUGUCUAUAAUUAUGACGUACAGUUACAACCUGAUCUGAAACAAGGACUGUCAAUCUCUAGUGAAUCUCUACGCAGACGCUCUUGUUAUGAAGACAUCCAAAACUUCUCUACGAAACGAAAAAUAUCCAGUUCGUCACUUCCUGUAAAUUUGUCUCUUCGGUGCGAGUCAGCGAAAAAUGAGAACAAUAACAGGAAAAAUAUGUUUGAUUUUAGUGAAGUGUAAAUUUCAUCCAUUGAAGUGUAAAUUUCAAUUCCGUAGUGCAGUGUUUUAUACUGUGUAACCAUGAAACCAUUCUAUUCUUUUGUAUGCUUUCAUUUAAGAUUAUGAUCGAUUUGUACAGUUGUUUUAUUCAUACAUUCUGUCAUAAUUAAAGUGAGUUGGUAGAACAGGGUUUAAUAAAAACGAAGCAUGUUAUAGUUGCUCAAAUAUCGUUUUGAUCAUUCAUGCAUUUCUUUUAUUUUUUAUUUUAGCUUUUGAGGGUAUUUUCUCUUGUUCCAUAUAAUUCUACCCUCACUGUUUUUGUAUAUAUUUUACAUUUAGAAAAUUAGUUUAGCACAAGUUAGAUGUGUGUAUAUCAUUAAAAGAAACU